AUGAUGAGACGGAGAACAGUGAUUCGUGUACGGAUUCCUCAACUGCGAUCUCCUACAGAAUGCGCACCUGUCUGUCAGCAGUCCUGUUAUCAGUCCUGCUCGACGCAGAGCAAUCCAACAAACUGUGGACAACUUUGUCAACAGUCUUGUGAACCGAGUUGCGUUAACAUUGUUGUUUCUCGUACAUCACAACAGUCAUCCGUCCCUCAAUGUGCACCCGUGUGCAUGCCAUCUUGUGCACAGCAGUGUGUGUUACAGCACAGCAUCGCCAUUUCCAAGAUACAAAGCGAUCACGAAGCCAUGCCUUCUCGGUUUCCCACCGAAUCGAAGCAGUGUUUGAACUUGUGUAUGCCUCAGUGUACACCAAACUGCAUCCAAGAGCAGCAGUCAGUGAUUCAACCUAUUCCUUCUCCGAACUACCUGUCUGUUCUGUGUAUAGCUGUCUGUAUGCCUCUUUGCGAUACAAAAUGCAUUGAUCGACAUAGAUUAGUAACUACAUCAGCUCCAAGAAUACUAACUACGUCGACUCCAGCUGUUUCUACACUAUCCGUUCAACCUCUGACUCUCUGUAUAGCAACUUGCAUGCCCUUUUGCACACAAGAGUGCCUGCAUAGAAACUCACACUACCCACAUCCACAGCACCCUUUUCCAGUCCAUCAAGCCCUAGAAUCUUGCCACCCAAUCUGCCAACCGGCGUGCAACCCACAAUGUUUAAAAAAGGUUGCAUUGAACGUCACUUUAUACCAAAAUGCCCAAUCGCAACAAAGCACUACUGCGUGGCCAGUUCAACAUUUGUACACAAAGCCACCCACAGAAUGCGUUUCGCAAUGUCAACCUGCAUGCAAAGAGGAGUGCGUCAAGAGUCACAUCGUCAAUGAAUUCGUAGCGACAAAACUAGCUCAAGUCACAUUAGAGCCCAAUCAUGAACAGCCAUGCGUAGCGCAAUGCAUGCCCGCUUGUGAAUCCGAUUGUAUCCAACAAAAUUCGAAUCUUUCUAUAAAUAUCGUCUUGGAGGAAGAAAAUAAACAAGACUGGGCAAUGUUGCCAGGACGAAAUUUGCUCGCUGAGAGUGUUCAAUGUGCUCCGGAAUGUAUGCCAGAAUGUGAACAACAGUGCUUAACCAGUACUAUAGGUGCUGCACAAAUUUUUCCACAAUCACAGCUAUCGAUUUGUGUAAAGGAAUGUCAGCCACUGUGUGAGCCAUCAUGUGUAGAGGUGAGACUGCUCUACGAUUAG